CAGAACUUUGAGGAUGAUCCCCACAUGGCAGAAAUCACUGACCUACAAACUAAGGAGGUAGAAAACUAUCGUACAGCCAUGACUAAGAUGGCGGAGGACAUCAUAGCGCUGAGGACACACGUGGCGACGUUGGAGGCAGAAAACAGCCAGCUCCGCAUCGAUUUGUCUCUGCACCGAGACCUUGGCCGAGACCUGCUGGACGACACGGACGUUGACGUCAUGACCAAGGCUGAGAUUGCUGACCGUAUAGCCUCUUUGAAAGUCAAGCUGGCCAGUGAGACCAGUAAGGCUGUCUCGCAAAGGGACAGGAUCCAACAGCUGCAGAAUGACCUGAUCAAGAAGAAUGACAAGGAGAAGGAGCUGCUAAAACUUCAGAGAGUUCAGCAGCAGCAGCAGGCAGAUCUGCAAAGCUACCAGAGUCGAGUGGCAAAGAUGGCAUCUUUGGAGGCCACCGUGAAACAGCAGGAGAAGAUAAUUGAGAAGAUGAAGAAGGCAUUAGAAAGCAAACUCGCAGAAAAGAAUAAACAGAGUGAAGGAGAGAGAAGGCAGGUGGUGAAAAAUCAAAGAGGUGAGACCAGCCACAGGAGGGAAGAGGCAGAGUCGGUCAUGGCAGCAGAAAACGCUCGUCUCAGAAAAGAGCUGGACAGGAUUCAGCAGCAACCUGCCCUGGUUGUUACACAGCAGUCGGUGCAGACAAAAGACGAACUGCCACUCAGGGAGAGACUGUGUUUACUGGACAAAUUGGAGAAGGCCGAGACAAGAGUCCAAAUACUGGAGGCUCAGCUGGAGGAGAACUCUAAAUUGUGGGGGAGAGAGAAACAAGAAAUGUUGACCAAACUGAGUGAGCACAGGCAUGGCUUUGUCCGAACAUCCACCGCAAUCCUGCAUAACGUCACUUCUAGGUCUGUCAUUGUGUCAGAAAAGCAGACAGAGGAAGCAAAAGCCUCCAAAAUGACCUGCAAAUGAACUAUACAUGUGUAAUGAAAUGACAUAUAAGAAAACAUAUUUUCAGUCUGU